AUGAAGGCAACUUGUGAACAAGUAACUCUUACACUCCAAGAAUUACGAAAUGCUGUUGAUAACUUUGCUGAUACAUUUAAAAUAUCACGGAUGUUUAUUAAUUAUUACAAGUGGUUGAACAAAGCUUGUAACAUUACCAAUUUAUUAAUGGGCGAAUUUUUUGCCGUUUCGACUAAUAUGGAUACCUAUACUAUCCGAGAACCUUCAAGUAUUACGGCUGGAAUUUGUCCUUUCAAUUCUCUUGACAUGACCCCUUUAUGGAUGUUCCCUUUAUCUAUUGCAUCCGAAAAUACUAUGAUAAUUAAGCCAUCCGAAAAAGAUCCAGAUGCCACCAUAAUUCUUGCUGAAUUAGUUAAAGAAGCAAGAGUUCCACUGGGUAUUCGUAAUAUUGUUCAUGGACCUAUUAAUAUCGAAGAUUUUUUAUGUGAUGAUGAUCAUAAAAAAAACAAUUUCUUUUGUUCUUGUCCAUUUAUAAUGGGGGUUGUAGCUGCUCGCAAUGCUGAUUCAGAUGCUUUUGAUUUCUCUUCUGCUUCCGCGUUAUCGUCAAUUAAUUUUAGUUGUGAAGUUUAUGAACAAAUAUUAUAA